GUAUUGGAUAUCAAUAUAGGAUAGGUACCUACGUAUUUGUCAAAAAUGAUCACCAUUUUAUGUGAUUGAAUCCCCCUCUUAAUCCAUUGUACUCUUGGGCGAAUGAUACUUUUUAAAAUAACCCCUUAGGCCGACGUACAUUGCAUUAUAUCAUGUAUUAGAUUCGCAUCCAUACAUGAUUGGGUUUAGAUGGUUACCUCACUCAUUGCACUGUCCGGACUGUAUGUACGGCACCUGCAGGCUUGAAGCGGCCUAAACGAGUCGGGAAGACCCACCAAUUGAACUUUGAGAAAAAGAAACUGAUUUGCUAAGACUUUUGCUAAGACUUUUGAAUGGAACCAAAGGCUGACACGGUUCCACGGUCCCACAGUCCCAAGGAACCUCCCUCGCAAGUCGCAACCUCGGAACUCGAUUGAAAGCUCAUGCGGGACUUGGAGCUCUACUAUGCGCAUUCUCGAUCCGGAAGUCUACUUCGAGACAGCUCAUUAACCCCUACCAACUGAUUGUUUCACUCGAACCGCUCCAUUUGGAGCUUCGGUGUCAAUGUCUUCAGCUCCGACCCUUAAGGAGCUUACGAAAGCCAUACAUAGCUUCAUACCGACGGCGAAAUAUCCGCUACCCGACGAUCUUGUCGAGAUUAUCGAAGCCUACCUGAACAAGCACGAGAAGUUCGACGAAAGUAUAGCCGAUAAGGUCAACGAUGAACUGCUCUCCUUAUUCCAUAAGGAUGUCGCCCAGGUACCGUCUCGAUAUACGGCAUUUGUUGCCCUCCUUCGCCGUUUACGCCCUAUAAUCGGACAGCCGAGCAAGACAUUCCAAUGGUUUGACUUGCUGCUUCUAGUACUGAACCAUCUAAACCAGGAGAGAGGCCUUGCUUCUGAAGUAGAGGGCGUUUUACUAGAAAUCCUGACUGCUGAAGAUGGCAAUGACCCUAGUACCCCUACCGGGGGUGCUGCCCCUCGGCUUGCAGAGCGCAUUUUACUGCUAUGGCUCGAUGAAUACGAAGCUGUCGGGAAAAGCCCCGAUGCAAUGACGGAGUUCAAAGAGAAACAGUUGCGAAAGACUUUGUUACACUAUGGAAAAAGACGCCCAAAAGAUCUCUUGACUGUUCUCGACCUCUAUGUGGUCAAAAAGACGUAUCGUGCCCGCGCUCUUUCGUUUCUAGGUAUUUUCGUGCAGAGCCAACCGCCGCACCUACAUCUUAUCCUACAGACACACCUAUUCAACAACUUAAUCAACUGCCUUCAGUUAGAUACAUCUACAACUAUUGUAUCCCUAGCUUUGACUGCAUUAACUAUGAUCCUACCCCAUAUGCCAAGUUCUCUCGUCCCACACCUACCCACGCUAUUUAACAUAUAUGCGAGGUUGCUCUUUUGGGAGCGAGAGUUGUCUGCCCAAACAGCCGUCGAUGCGGACUUGGACCGAAGGCUGUCCCCCAAUGCGCUGGCCUGGGAAAAACUCACAUAUUCGACUGACUUCGACGACACGACUGUCCCCCAAAUUCUUCAUUAUUUCACGGUGCUAUACGGACUCUACCCUAUCAACUUCAUGGACUAUAUUCGAAAGCCACAAAGAUACCUUCGACACGCCGAGGUCCCUGAUGCUGACGAUAUUGAGGUCCAGCCUACCGAGAUACGUCACGCGUCCGAGAGAUUUCGACAGUGCCACCUCCUCCAUGAGAACUUCUAUACUCUCACUAUUGAUUCGGAGAAAACAGACUUCGGAAGAUGGAUCAAAAGUGAGCCAGCAGAAGUCGUAGCUGACUGUGUGGCCCUUUACCGGCCAAGUGAAGCAUUCCCUGUCGAGGGCAUCCCGAAUAUAAGUCAUGGCGUACACGAAAGAGACGAGCCUGAAAAGAGCAGUCAUGAGUCUGCUUUACUAAGUGGUUCCUAUCCCUUUGGCAACCCCACAUUUAGUCCCCUUCAAGGAGACAACUGGCGAAAAACCGGGUCAACUUUUACUGAGUCUAUCACGAGUGGUCGUGUACAAUCUGCCGUACUGCGUCAGUCAUCUAUUGGCAGUCACCAUUCCAAUCGCGAUAGCUCAAGCCCCAGACCGUUCGGAAUCGGUAGCGAGAGUCCGACUCUGUCUCGCCAGAUUGUCCCGUCCGCAUCUCAAACUCAUCUUCAAGACUUGCUAAAUUCCAAUAAGGCCAUCAAAUCUGGACUGCAUCAAUCGAUGCCGAAUGAUAGCGUUCCAUCUCUUUCCUUGAGCUACCACGAGUCCAUUUCAGACAUUCCGGGAUCGCAACUCCAGUCGAACCCACCACAAGCCAAUGCCUCCUCAUCAUCAACCGAGAGCAACAGCGCCCAGAUUGCACAUUUGCAGCGCCAAAUACUACUUCUGUACAAUGACUUGACAUUUGAACGAUUUAUGAAGCAGCAGCACCUUACCCAUAUGGGCGAGCUACGAAGGCGACACGUACGAGAAGCAGCGAGCGAGGCGGAAACCCAGAACUUGAUCAUACAGAAUCGUCAACUUAAGCAACAAAUGAAGAACGCAAAAGAAUUAGAAAUACAGGCGAAGAGAGAGUCCGAAAAGAGUCGCGCGCUCUCAAAGAAGUGGGAAGCUGAUCUCACCGCCAAGCUAAGAGCACUUCGUGAAGAGCAGAAAAAAUGGAAUGCGGAAGGGGAUAUUUUACGAGCCGAAUUAGAAACAGCGAAACGCGAGGCGGAUAAAUUACGAUUAUUAGUUUGUGAGGCUGAAGUUAGAGAACUAAGCCUGAAGCAAAAUAUGCAGUCUGUCGAGAUCAGUGUCAGCGAGCUAGAGAGACUGAGGAAGGACGUGGAGCGGUUGACAGAAUCUGAACGAAAUUAUCAAGCCAAGGAGACAGAGCGUCAACUUGCAGUAACGCGCGCGGCGGAAGCAGAUAGCCGAGCUGAGGUGCUAGAUAUGAAGCUCAAAGCUUACGAUUCUGAUAUCCUGCAGACACACGAGACGUACCGUUCACAGAUCGCCGCUCUCAAUGCCAAGCUACAAGACCUACUUCAAGAUGGCACAAGACACAAUUCCGAUAACUUAAAGUUGCAGUUUGAAAAUGCCCUAGCAGCAAGCAGAGCACAGCAGACAGAAAUGAAGAGCCGCAUUGCAGAGCUUACGAAGAAGAAUACAGCUUUACAAGCGAACAUACUGGAAUUGCAAUCCACAAUAUCCAACCUCUCGAAGCCAGACCCUCACCCUCCUACUGAUCCUGAGGUUGAUCUAUCUUCCGAUUCGGGUAGCCCGUUAACCCAUCGAAAGCGCCAGCAGCAUGGGUUUUCUGAAUCGGAGAUAUUCGAGCCAACAUCGUACAAUGCCACCCCGCCGCUUGAGCCGUACAAUAUCAACGUAGAAGGCCAGGGUCGGCGACCAUCUACACCGCUGAUCGAGCCGCUCUCAACGGGAAAAGGAAGCCCUACCGCAGAGCGAUAUUUCGGACGAGGUGAGUUUUUCUUAUAUAACCCCAUAUUGAAUAUCACGAGUGUAUACUAACUCAGCUAGGAGGUGUGCAAAAUCUACGUAAGAAGGAAAAGAAGGAGGAGAAGGAGAGAAAGAAAUCGGUUGGGCUACGCGGUAUUAGAUUCGUAGGUUAGCCAACUGGACUGGAUGGCUACUCAUAGCCCUCAAGUAAGGGUUUAUGGCGACUAUUUCAGAUUCGACCUGGAUCUAGGCCAUGGACCCGGAAGCCACGCGCUACCCGAACAAGGGGAAUAACGGCAGAUAUGUCCCCUUGCUUUGUGUAAUGAAUGUGGCAUGCCAUGCGUAACUCGAUACCCUUACAUCUUAGACUUAGAGCAAUUGCGGAAUAUUCAGAUGCCAAAGUUACGUAGAAUUUAAUUUCACAGCAAUACCAACGUUCGUAAAAAGCGUAUGCAGUACCUCUUUUAACCAUCUGUGUACAAGAUGUUGUCU